CAUGUACAUUAAUGUUUCGAGAGAAUUAAAACGUCUUCAAACCGUGACCCGUUUGCCUGUUGUCUCAUGGUUCAAUGAGACAUAUAUAGCAUUUGCAGCCGAACGUCGAUUUGUUAAAAAAUUCACCGACCGAUUAAAUAUAUCAAAUCGAACUACAUACCUUCUUCAUAUGUCUAACCGGUGGAUGCACAUUCGCAUCGGCAGUAUAGGGGCCUUGAUAUCGUAUUGUGUUGGUAUUUUUAUUCUAUGGCAACAUGAUAGAACUGAUAGUAUUGAUGCUAGUUUAGCUGGUUUUUGUAUGAUUUAUGCGCUUGGAUUUGUGCCUAUCGUGGCUGUUCUUAUCAAAGAUUAUUCUAUAGUAGAUUCUGGUUUAAAGAGUGUGGAAUACAUUAAGGAAUAUAGUAACAUGCCACAAGAACCUUCAUCGACGAUGACAAUUGCUCAUCCUCCAGCUGCGUGGCCGACCGAUGGUAACAUUAAAGUGUCCGGUCUAACAGUUCAUUAUUCACCAAAUGAUGAACCUGCAUUAAGUGAUAUUAAAUUUUCUGUAAAAGCCGAGGAAAAAAUUGGUAUAGUUGGAAGGACAGCAGCUGGUAAAACUACAUUGGCAAAUUCGUUUUUAAGAUUGACCGAGGCUACUAAAGGCCGAAUCGUGAUUGAUGGAAUUGACAUUUCAACAUUAAGCUUAGAAGACUUAAGGUCACGGUUGACUAUUAUAUCUCAAGACCCUAUACUUUUCGAGGGAACUAUUAGAUCUAAUCUAGAUAUUCGUGAAGAAUAUACUGAUGAAGAUCUAUGGGAAUCAUUGAGACGAGUUCAUCUUGUCAAUUUUGAAGAGGAACACGGUCAAGUUUUCAUUAUCGGACCGAUAACAAGCUUAGAUGAUUUGGUUAGCGAAGGUGGCAGCAAUUUCUCUCGCGGAGAAAGGCAAUUAAUUUGUUUUGCAAGAACAUUACUGAGGCGAUCUAAGAUUGUUAUUAUGGAUGAAGUAACCACUGAUCUUGACACUGAGACGAUUAAUAAAAUACAGGAGGUUAUACACAAUGAGUUCCAACAUACUACAAUUUUAUAUAUUUCAAAUCGCUUUGAUAUAAUUAUAAACUUUGAUCGAAUUCUUGUUCUUGAUGAAGGUAGAAUUAUUGAAUCCGACAGUCCAUAUAACUUGAUUAAGAAUCCAGAUAGUAUGUUCAGAUACUUGUGUGAACAGACUGGUCAGAUUGAGUCAUUGAUGGAAACUAUGAGAUUAAAUAAUCGAGAGGAUGGUUAUGAUGAUAUGGAUGAAGUUGAAACAGAAAUAUUGGAUGAGCAAAUUGAGCAUGAACGAGAAGGGGAUCAGCAAAAGCGGCCAAAAAUUCUUGACCAACACAGUUCCCAUGAUUAUAGAGAAGUUCAAUAA